CCAAGGAAGAAUCGUCUUUUCUCUUUCUCUUUCUCUUUCUCUUUUUUCUUCCCUCUUUCAUCAUUUUUAUGCAUUGUUUUCUUAACUCAAUUUUUGAGUCUCUUUUUCUAGAUGAUGGCAGUGACCCUUCUUUAUUCUCUUACUUGUGACAUAACCUUAGUGUUAAUCACAUCCUUUUUGCUUCAAACUUCAAAAUUCAAUCAAAAAAUCCCAUUUUCCACUGCUUAAAUACCAGAUAUUUUUCAUAAUUCUUGCGCCCAAGAAAACUCCAAGGUUCAAGAAAAUAAUUAUGGAAGUUGGAAGAGUUAAGGAAGGUUCUAACAUGUCUACUGCUAAUUCUGUUUUGCCUUCUGAGGUUCUUCAUAAUCUCUGGAUGUCCAAUUCUUCCCCCUCUUUUCAUGGGCCUACAUCAAUGGUUAAUUUCGAAGAUGGUCGAGGAGAAAUUAGUAAAGAGAUGUCAUUUUUCUCACCAAUUGACAAAGAAGAAACUAGCACCGAUGAUUAUGAUAGUUGCUUUCACCGGCCAGAGAAGAAAAGAAGACUUUUACCCAAUCAAGUGCAGUUUCUUGAGAAGAGUUUUGAGGUAGAUAACAAGCUGGAACCAGAGAGGAAAGUUCAAUUGGCUCAAGAACUUGGCCUACAACCUAGGCAAAUUGCUAUUUGGUUUCAAAACAGACGUGCUAGAUACAAGACUAAACUACUUGAGAAGGACUAUGACGUUCUCAAAGCUAGCUUUGAUAAACUUAAGGAUGAUUAUGACUCCCUUUUCAAAGAGAAUGAGAAUUUGAGAAAUGAGGUUGAUUUGCUGAAAGAAAAAAUGCUUAGGAGGGAGAAAGGGAAGGAAAAUUCAGGGCAAAAUGAACCAAUUAGUCCAGUAGAUGCAGAAGAGGCUCAAAAGGCAACUCCAAAUGUUGUUACCUCAGAAGUGCCAAGUAUACAAAAGGUAGUAUGCAAACAAGAAGAUGCAAGUUCAGCUAAAAGUGAUGUUAUUGAUUCAGAUAGCCCACAUUAUACUGAUGGGAAUCAUUCUUCAAAUGCAUUUGAAGCAGAGCCAUCUGAUUUUUCUCAAGAUGAAGAUGACAACUUAAGUAAGAGCUUUUUAUGCUUCCCUGAAAUUGGAGAUCAAAUUCAAGCUAAUUCAUGCAAUUUGGGAUUCCAAAUUGAGGAUCAUCAGCCUUGUUGGUUCUGGCAAUAUUGAGUUUUUCAAUUCAAGAUUUGGCUCAAUCCUUUAGUGUUCUAAGGAAUUUGCUAAAUUUCCUUUGUAGCUUAAUUUACACUAUAUUAAUCAAUAAUAUGUUUGUAUAUAGGAUUACUAGUAGUUAACUAAUUGAGGUGUCUUUAUUACUAGCUUGUUUAAAAAAAUGUUAUGAUUGGCCUUUUUCUCUUUAGCUCAAAAACAAAUGGUACUAUUGCCUUU